AUGACAAACCCCAAUAACGUACAUAAUGUACGAUCGAACGGGACAUCGAACAUGAACUCUGCUGGCAUGCCUAGCGAACGCACACGAGGAUCCCAUACGGGUAUGGGCCAAGGAUUUGGUGGCAACACCACGAGCUGGAAUUCCUCCAAUAUCUGGGCGGACAAUUUGGGAGAUCAAAACUCUACCGAGGCUCCCUUUGAAGGGAAAUCCGGAUCGAGUUCUCUUCUAUCUUCGUCGGAAUCCGAUGGAUGGACUGUUCGACCCAACUUCCCUUGGGGUACCGUCAACGCAUCGGCGAACCUGUCCCGAGCUCCCAACAACGCCAUGACGACGUCGCCCAUCCAGACGCGCGCCGACAGAGGCGUAGUAACGCUACCCGAGACCAGUGAUGCCACAUACUAUUCGCUACCGCGCACCUCGGCCAUCGGCACCUCCUCUGGCCAUGCCACUCACAAAUACCUCGGCAGCACUGGGACGGACACUCUUUCGCCGUCUGGUGAUGGAAUGCCGUUUGGUGGUCUGGGUGGCUUUCGAAACGGCGACAGCAGGCGUCACGUCAGCACGGCCGCUUUUGGCGGUAGUCCGGUGGGGACUCAAUUUCCCUCCAAGCACGGAUUCGCGAGCCCGCUCGAUAAUCAGCGAUCCGAUGAGAUGACUGGGUCCAUGGGGGUCUCGUCCUUGCCCCAAGCCCUGCCGGAUGCAGUCUCGCAAGGGUUGACCCGCGGUGCUUAUUCGCACACGUCUCAUAACUCCGCCUCUUUUGCCCCUCAGCGGCCUGCACACUCGCCCUUCCCCUCGUUCCAUUCGGAGAGCCAGGGGUUCGAUGGCCGCUAUGGUGGAUCCUUGGACCUGAGCAACAACCUGAACAAACUCCAGGUCAAUGAUGGUGCGAUUUCGCCCCCAGCGGCUGCCAACCGUCCUCAGGUCCUCGCUCAUCAUCAAUCCUUUGAGGGCUCUUUACAGAGAUUGAAGUAUCCGAGCGGAAAUGAUGAAGCGAACUACCAAGCCGUACCGGGAUAUGGGGCGGACGCCGCGGCGGAGCUACAGUAUUACCAAGCUAGACCUCGAGUCUCCCCUACAGAGUAUUCUCGGAUGGACAGUCCCUUCUACGGCAACCUCGAGAACGCGGCCGCCGCUGGCCCCCAUUAUCGAAACGCCUCUGGUAGUCGUAUGUCCGACAACCACGCUGUAGUGCUCGACCGACGUUUCCGCUCCAUCCCCACGGAUCAGGAACUCGCCCAGGCAUCCAUGGUUGGAUUACCUCUGAACCAGUACAACUUGUCCCGAUACCCCGCGAAUCUGAACGCGUUGAACGGCUAUUAUGCGGCACCUCCAUUCAGUGCCGCGGCUCUGGUUCCCAAGGGUCACCGCGACCAUGACACCUCUAUCGUCCGAAGCCCGGUCCUGGAGGAGUUCCGAGCUAACAAUAAGGGCCCCAAGCGGCACGAACUCAAGGAUAUAUAUGGCCACGUGGUGGAGUUCAGCGGUGAUCAGCAUGGUUCCCGCUUCAUCCAGCAGAAGCUGGAGACUGCGAACAGCGACGAAAAGGAACAGGUGUUCCGGGAGAUCAAGGGCGAUUGUCUCCAGCUGAUGACCGAUGUCUUUGGAAAUUAUGUUGUUCAAAAGCUUUUCGAACACGGCAACCAGACGCAGAAGAAGGUUCUGGCUAAUCAAAUGAAGGGCCACAUCGUGAUGCUGUCUCUCCAGAUGUACGGGUGCCGUGUCGUUCAAAAGGCCCUGGAGCACAUCCUCACCGAUCAACAAGCUGCCAUGGUCAAGGAGCUUGAGGGCCACGUAAUUAAAUGUGUUCGCGACCAAAACGGAAAUCACGUCAUCCAGAAGGCGAUUGAGAGAGUUCCAUCCGAACACAUCCAGUUUAUCAUGAAUGAUUUCCGCGGCUCUGUCGACAAACUUGCAGCUCAUCCGUACGGGUGUCGCGUGAUUCAACGCAUGCUCGAACACUGCAAGGAGGAAGACCGAGAGUCAAUUCUUGGUGAACUCCACAGCUGCACGGCCAAGCUGAUCCCCGAUCAAUUUGGUAACUACGUGAUCCAGCACGUCAUCACAAAUGGCCAGGAAAAGGAUAGAACCCGGAUGAUCACCGUCGUCAUGUCCAACCUCCUUAACUUCUCCAAGCACAAGUUUGCGAGUAACGUUGUGGAGAAGAGCAUCGAGUUUGGAACGCUAUCUCAACGAGAAGUGAUUGUCAGGACGCUAGUCUUUCCACAUGAUGAAGACUUUACGCUGCUGGAGGGCUCCAAGAAGCCGGUUGAUAUAAAUGAUGAGCGCCUCAAACCACUGGAGGGUGUGAUUCGGGACCAGUAUGGGAACUAUGUCAUCCAGAAGAUUCUUAACAUGAUUCUUGAGCCAGCGUGGGGCAGCGUUGUGGCUAUUGUCAGACCCAUUGUCAACAGACUGAAGAAGGAAAAGAACAAUGUUCCCAAACAGUUGGCCUCUAUCGAAAAGUUGAUGGAUGGGCCUCCUCCAGCCUCCCUUCGGCCCCAGGCAUCUGCAACACCGCCCAACUCUCAUAAAUCUUCUCCACAGCCGUCCAAACGCUCUGUGAUGGACAACUGCCAGGUCGGGGCUGCGCCGCCCACGCCUCCCCCAAACGAUACCCAGAUCAAUGGGGAAGAACCGAAGAAUUAG